AUGGCGAACCGAGUUGUCGCCGCUCUUCCUCGCAUUCGUGCCACAAUAGGACAUAUUCCCCAGAGGCUGAAGACAGCAAACAUUGAACCGAGUUCGCGGGCACGUCUUGAGGUUCUUCGACGUAUCGUCACACGACUGGUCCGUGAAGAAAGAGCCGAGCUGCAAUGGAACAGAGCGGUGGAAGCUCGGCCAUAUCUGGAAAGGUUGAUUCAACUUGGAGUCGAAAGGGGUGAACAUGAUGAGUACACAACGGAGAUGAUGGAGUGGUGGUUGCUUGAAGCGGAUCUCAUCGAAAAAAUGCAUAAAGUGAUUGUACCUCGCUUCGUUAACCGCGAAGGACCUUUCACUUCAAUAUAUCGUCUUCCUACACAGCGCUUGCAACAGCACAUACAUGGCCGAAUAGAACGGUGGAGGCGAUACGAUAUUGCCGUUUUAGAAAUUGAUGGAAAUCCAUUCCCACCUGUGAUGGGUGCAAAACCCGACAAUUCGUCGUCGUUGCUGAAUGUUUUGUUGCGGGACAGUCUUCAGAACCGGUUGAAAAAGCUCCAAAUGAAAGCGCAAAACUGA